AUGAAUUUGAUUGAGUAUUUCAUUUCGUGCGAAAUAUUUAAAGAACUCUUAGAAUGUGUUCAGUAUUUACAUGAAUACAAAGAUCAUUUUGUGUCACAGAUCAUUCACAGAGACCUCAAACCCGACAAUAUAUUGAUCGCCGAAAACGCAAGAGAGGGUCGAUUCGUGAGAAUUUGUGAUUUCGGUUUGGCUGCACUUCAUAAUUACCUGAAUCCUAAUCACACGGGUGGUGUGGGUACUGUUAGAUACAUGGCACCUGAAGUUAGGAUUAGUCAUUUGAAAUACACAAAUAAAUGCGACAUUUAUAGUCUAGGAAUGACUACUGGCAAUAAUUUAAAACAUCUCGAAAUAAAUGGGGAAAUAACAAAAAUGGAGAUAAUAUUGGACUCCAUGUGUGAGGUCAUGCCCUAUAAAAGACCCGAUUGUUCACAUGCUAAAUUAAAUUUCACUGAAAUUGAGAACACUUAUUUUAGUUCAUUUGAAGAAUUAGAGUUCAUUGGUAAAGGAUUAUAUGGUUACGUGUGUAAAGUGAGAAAUAAAAGCACCAAUGACAUAUAUGCCAUUAAAAUGAUUGAACUGACAGGUUUAAAUUAUGAUAAAACUCAACAACUACUUAAUGAGCUUGGCAAAUUAAAACAAAUUACCUCGAAUUAUAUAAUAGAAUUGAAUGACUUGUGGUUGGAGUCCAAAAUCAUUUACAUACGAAUGGAGUAUUUUGCGAUAAAUCUUAGAGAUUGUAUUCAUCAAAAACAACAGGAAUCCGAUCGACAACCGGGUCAUGUCAUGGAUGUGUCCGAGUAUUUCACUUCGUAUCAUAUAUUCAAAAAUAUCUUAGAAUGCGUUCAAUAUUUGCAUGAAUUGAAUCCUCAGAUCAUUCAUAAGAAUAUAAAACCUGAGAAUUUUUUAUUCUAUAAUAAACCAGGUCACAAACCAGGUUUUAAAAUUAGCGAUUUUUACAUAAAUUGCAACAUGAUGAAAAAUAGCGAUGAUAACUCAAUGAUAUAUACGUCACCUGAAUUACUAUCUGAAUGUGACAAUAUAACAUUUCAUACGGAUAUCUAUAGCUUAGGCGUAAUUGCCCAGGAGAUAUUUGAUUGCAAAUUUGAGGAUGACAUUAAAUGA